CUCCACGUAAAUAAUGAAUGGUCGUCAAAGAUUUGCACAUAACUCUUAACUAUACACCUCGGAACAUCUCUCUACUUCCACUCCAAAUUCACAGGAUACUAAUCAGAAGCAAGGCUCUUUCUGACUCGACAGGAACUCGAGUCGAGCAAAUAAAUGCUCAGAUUAAGCAUUUGUUUUUCUCCCGUACCGAGUCUGCAACAACACAAGGUUGGCAGCAGCUGCAGGUCAUGGAUAGUCCACUAUAACAGACACCAAAUUCUGUCGGGAAGGACAAUCAUCAGAGCCCUUAAAGAUGAGACAAAUGGUGGCAAAAAUGGAUUACCUGGUCAAAGUUGGGACCCCGGGCUGGAAAUUGAGGUGCCCUAUGAACAAAGGCCGGUGAAUGAAUACUCAUCACUGAAAGAUUCUACUUUAUAUUCGUGGGCCGAAUUGGGUCCAGGGUCCUUCUUCCUACGUCUUGGAGGUCUCUGGUUAGUCACUUUUACAGUUCUAGGAGUGCCAAUUGCAGCUGCAAGCUUCAAUCCAGCAAAGGAUCCUUUACGCUUUGUCUUGGCGGCUAGUACAGGAACUCUCUUUCUUGUUUCACUAAUUGUCCUCAGAAUUUAUCUGGGAUGGAGUUAUGUAGGCGACAGACUUCUAUCAGCGGUCAUACCUUAUGAAGAAACCGGAUGGUAUGAUGGACAAAUGUGGGUAAAACCACCAGAGAUUCUGGCUCGUGAUAGACUGCUCGGCUCUUACAAGGUCAAACCAGUGAUCCAGUUGCUGAAACAGACACUAGUUGGGACAGGGGUGUUACUUGUUGCAGCAGUAUUUUUAUUUAUAUUUGCAACACCGGUAGAAGAUUUUAUCCAGAACACACUUUCAGCAAAGGAGAACUCAACCGAAGUUUCAGUUUCAAAGAUUGACACAAAGUACAAUAUAAGGAAAGAGGAAUUAUUUCGGUUGCCGGUAGAAGUCAUAGAUGAUGAUGAUCUAGCAGCAGCUGCUGCAGAAGCUGCUGAUGGAAGACCAGUCUACUGCAGAGAUAGGUAUUAUCGUGCAUUAGCAGGUGGGCAAUACUGCAAAUGGGAAGACCUACUCAAAUAACAAUAUAUAAAAGAGAAGACCAGUUCAACUCUCAGACUGCUCAAUAUUUCUGUUAUUGUCCUUUCAUAGGCAGGAAUUAACUUUGGCCAGUGUUUUUUUUUUUGGGUUGAACUUUACAUAGCAAAGAUUAAAAACAAAUGCAAUUGCAUUUGUUUUGCUCUGAUGGUUGGGGAUCAUUAAAAAGUGUCCAUCUUCAGAAGUGGGGGAAUGAAGACAUACUAAAAAACUCAGAUUAGUUGGUCACAACACAAUGAUAUAUGUUUAUACCAUGAUAUCAAGUGCUAUGAGAUGACAAUGAGUAGCCCAAAGAAAAAACAAAAGGUCCAGCUUUUAUUUGGGGCACCCUCUUAUUUGAGGAAAGAUAAUUCUGCUCAACUAUGUAAAGACAAGACAAGUUAAAUCUAUAAGAUCAACAUAACCUUACAGCCCAAACUUGAAAUUUUCUCUAUAUGAAAUUUAUCUUUGAUAGGAAUUGUAGC